AUGAAGCAGUUUGACGACUUUGCGGCGGCGGAUCUAGCUCUUCAGAAUGAGCAAGCUAUCUUUGACGCGCUUUCUCACGAAUUGAACCUUUCUUGCGCACGUCUUUUGCUGCUUGUUGAGCAGUUCUACUCUGCUGGAGCUGCGGAUGGAGACUAUUUAAUGUGCUCAGAUGGGGCCCAUCGCAAACGCAAGUUAGACGACGACGGCAAUUCCCUCGCGCCUGGACUGCAAUCAUCAACGAUUCCGAACUCCGAGUCCGCGUCUUCUUUAUCAGUAGAUAAUCCCAUUCUAAAUGAUAAAGAGGAUGUUAUUUCUGGAGCUUUCGAAGGUUUGAAAAUUGCCGACAAUGAAAAGCCUGAAGCCAACUGUUCUCGACGGACUUUUGAAUUUCACAACAUGUUGAAAACAAUCAAAGACAAGGACCCCGUUGGAACUGCUUCUUGUAAAAUAUUGUACGUUUUGUGCAAAACCGAAGCCGAAUACAAGGUGAAAUGUGGGAUCCCUCUUAAACUAAAGGAUAUCAACGAUUGAAAUCAAACCGUCGCCGCUAACGAUUCUGCUCUAGAAGACACUAUCGUCGGUGGAGAAAACCGUCUUCCCAUUGAAGCUGCGCAACCGUCUCGUGCUUAUCGGCAACUAUAUUUUGAUACGGAUGAGUCCUCGGACGGUGGCGAGCUCGACCAGGCUUUUAUUGAGGAUGUAGGGCCACGACGUGCCAAGCACGCAAUCCUGUACAAGGGCCUCAUCAAGAAGAAAAGCCGAAACAAUCCUGCAGAAGUCAUUCGUUACGCGAGUGGAAAAGCCGGCGACGUUGGCCGUUGGUUUUUUCGCCCUGUGUACGCCCGAUUCUGCAGCACGAGCCACGGGUGGCUCAAGUUCAACGAGUCAUUGUACGAGGGCAGUGGCGACGACAUUGGUCGAAUGCUUCGUAUUUUGGAUAAACUCUUCCGAAAUCGAGCCCACGAAAUGGAAGAGCUGGAAAACGAGUUAAAGCGGGGCGAAUUUGGGGUGAUUAUCGAAAGCGAAUCCCAUCUGCUUCCAGUUGGAAACAUCCAGUUCGGAAUCGCGGAUCUCAAGAAGACUGAUCCAGACCGAGAGCCCGAGCACGAUGAACUUCCUGCGUACGCGCUCGAACCUUGA